UAAAAACUUAGAACGGGAAUUAAUCUCCCCACCGCGCCUACACCCCGACGGCACUCGCACAACAUCUGACGCAUAGAACCCUAAUAACUGCAUACGGCCGCUGCAGUACGGUGGUACGACGCGUAAGGCGGCCGGAAUUGCCGAGUACUGAUUUCUGAGCAUAGCAAAAUGCAAACUUUGGAAAAUUUCGGAGACAAUAUCGAGUUCAAUUCUCAAAGUUUGGGAGAUGGUGAUAGUAAUGCACUAAUUUUGCCUGCUAAGAGAAUGAAGAAAAGGAAAGGGAAGGAACAGGAACAUGGAAAACUCCAAUCAAAUAAGAAACAGAAAUUGAGCAAGCCUCAGAAAAGGAAGAUGAAGAAGAAGUUAGAGAAUGACAAGGAGAAGCAACUUCUGCUGGAAAAAGCCAUUAAGACAUUGAAUGAAAACACACUUCCAGAGUAUGCAUAUCCUCUUUUGCUGUCAACAUGCAAUAUAAAUCGGGAUGAAACUGCGAAGGAGAAGCGUAGAAGGGCUGUGCAUUUAUUGAAAGAAGGAUUGGAGGUUCCAGAUAAUGGGCUGUCUAAGAAACCUGAAACGGAUGAGAUUCAUUUAGCCCAAGCUGAUGAAGUCAAAGAAAUUGACAUCAUUCAAAUUCAACCCAUUAGAUCAGAAGAAGUCUUAAAUACAAUUUCCGUUCCUUUGGAGUCCUCUCAAGAACCAGUUCCUGGCAAUGAUGUUGAAAAUUAUAAAUAUGUUUCUGAACCUCUUGCUGACAUUUCCAUUAAGCAACUGGAUGAAAUCAGAUGCUCUCCCAUGUCUUGUUCUAAUGAUGAAAUAAAAAGCACCAAGUCAAAGGAUAAGUCAGAUGAUAACCAAGAUUCCAAUUUCAAAGAAUUCGGCAACCUUCUGGAUUAUUCUUCAACUAGGCCUCCAAAUGUUCCUACUGUUGUGCAUGUGCACAGACCAACAGAAGUUGAAGACAAAAGAAAGGAUCUGCCUAUAGUCAUGAUGGAGCAAGAGAUAAUGGAAGCUAUAAAUGACCGGUCUAGUGUUAUCAUAUGUGGAGAAACUGGGUGUGGUAAAACGACUCAAGUUCCUCAGUUUCUUUAUGAAGCUGGCUAUGGUUCAAGUAAGGGUGUUAUUGGUGUUACUCAACCUCGCCGUGUGGCUGUUCUUGCCACAGCUAAGCGUGUGGCAUAUGAGCUUGGUUUUCGUCUAGGGAAGGAGGUUGGUUUUCAAGUCAGAUAUGACAAAAAGAUUGGAGAAAGUUGUUCUAUCAAGUUUAUGACUGAUGGAAUUUUGCUACGAGAAGUUCAGAAUGAUAUUUUGUUGAGGCGUUAUUCUGUCAUAGUUCUUGAUGAGGCUCAUGAGAGGAGCUUGAACACAGACAUUCUGAUCGGGAUGCUCUCACGUGUAAUUAAAACUCGCCAAAUGAUUUAUAAUGAACAGAAAAAAUUGAUACUUUCAGGAGAAAGCAUAAGUCCUGAAAAAAUCAUUUUUCCAUUAAAACUUGUUCUUAUGAGUGCCACCAUGCGAGUACAAGACUUCACUUCUGGAAAGUUAUUCCAUACUCCUCCACCUGUUAUAGAAGUUCCUACAAGGCAAUUUCCAGUAACAGCAUACUUCUCAAAGAAAACAGAGAAAACAGAUUACAUUGGAGAAGCAUAUAAGAAGGUCUUGGCAAUUCACAAGAGGUUGCCAUCUGGGGGCAUACUUGUCUUUGUUACUGGGCAAAGGGAAGUAGAGGACUUAUGCAGGAAGUUACGUAAAGCAUCGAAGGAGUUUAUCAAGAAAAGAGUUGAAGAGUCUGUGGAAAGUGAUAGCACUGUGGUCCAUGAAACAAAUUCUAUUGAGGGAGUAAAUAUUAAUGAGAUCAAUGAAGCAUUUAUGGUCCAAGGAAGUUCAUCCUUCCAGCAAACUGAUAGAUUUAGUGGUUAUGAUGAAGAUGAGGAUAAUGUAAAUUGGAAUGAAUCUGAUUUUUCUUAUGACUCAGAAACAGAAAGUGAACUGGAGUUUGAUGAUGAUGAUGAUCUUGAGCUAUCGGAGAACAAGAGUAAUAUUGUUGAUGCCUUAGGACAGGUGGAAAGUCUUGCUUCACUGAAGGCUGCUUUUGAAAAAUUGUCUGGGCAAGCCACAUUAAGCUCCUCAAAUGGAGAGCAGACAUUUUCUGCAAAUAUCGAAGGAAAUGUAGAGGAAACAAAAGUUUCCAGGGAGAAAAGAGGUCGAGAAAAUUGUAAUCUUUCUCCAGGUGCACUCUUUGUUCUACCUCUGUAUGCCAUGCUUCCUGCAGCAGCUCAACUUCGUGUGUUUGAAGAAGUCAAGGAGGGAGAGAGGCUUGUUGUUGUUGCCACAAAUGUUGCUGAAACAUCUUUAACAAUUCCAGGGAUAAAGUAUGUGGUUGAUACCGGAAGAGAAAAGGUGAAGAAUUAUGACCCCUCUAAUGGCAUGGAGACAUAUGAAGUACAAUGGAUAAGUAAGGCAUCUGCCGCACAGCGUGCAGGCAGAUCUGGAAGAACUGGACCUGGACACUGCUAUCGUCUCUAUUCUUCUGCAGCCUUUAAUAAUGAAUUUCCUGAGCACUCUCCUGCUGAAGUUGAGAAAGUACCUGUUCAUGGUGUUGUCCUUCUCUUGAAAUCCAUGCAUAUUAAAAAGGUUGCAAACUUCCCAUUUCCUACUUCUCUUAAAGCUGCUUCUCUGCUUGAGGCUGAAAAUUGCUUGAAAGCUCUUGAAGCACUUGAUAGCAACGAUGAACUUACACUUUUGGGGAAAGCCAUGGCACAUUAUCCCUUGAGUCCUCGUCAUUCUAGAAUGCUCCUCACUCUUAUUAAAAAUACAAGACAUGAGCAUAAAUGUAAUCAAAAUAUGCUUUUGGCAUAUGCUGUUGCAGCUGCUGCAGCUUUGAGUUUGUCAAAUCCUUUUGUAAUGCAAUAUGAAGAUGACAGCAGCAGAGAUUCAGAGAUGUCUGAGAAACCUAGCAUGCGAGACAGUGAGAAAGACACUGCUAAAAAAGAAAAAUCCAAGAGAAAGAAACUAAAAGAAACAGCUAAAGUUGCACGUGAAAAAUUCCGAGUUCUCACUAGUGAUGCCUUAACCAUAGCUUUUGCUUUGCAGUGUUUUGAACAUUCACAAAAAUCAGUACAAUUCUGCGAUGACAAUGCAUUGCAUUUCAAAACCAUGGAUGAAAUGUCCAAACUUCGACAACAGCUACUUAAACUGGUCUUUUAUCAGAGUGAUAAAGGUGGUUUUGAAAAAGAGUACUCAUGGAAUCAUGGAACAUUAGAGGAUGUAGAAUGUGCUUGGCAGGUUUCUUCUGGAAAAUACCCUCUUUCUCUGGUUGAGGAAAGGCUCAUCUGUCAAGCAAUAUGUGCUGGCUGGGCAGAUAGGGUUGCUAAACGUGUUACAGCUUCUUCUAGGGCCUCUGAUGGAGAGAGAACUUCUCGCAUUUUAAGGUACCAAUCAUGCAUGGUUGAUGAAAGUGUUUUCCUUCAUCGUUGGUCAUCAGUUUCCAUUGUAGGCCCCGAGUUUUUGGUUUACAAUGAACUAUUAGAGACCAAAAGACCAGACAAAGAAGGGAUAACAAGUGCCAAGAGAGCAUAUAUGCACGGAGUAACUAGUGUAGAGCCAGCUUGGCUCGUUGAGCAUGCAAGGUCUUCAUGCAUCUUAUCUCCUCCCCUUCUGGAUCCUAGACCUUACUAUGAUGCUCAGACUGACCAAGUAAAAUGUUGGGUAAUCCCAACCUUUGGACGUUUCUGUUGGGAGCUUCCAAAAUAUUCAUUGCCCAUUAGCAAUGAUGAACACCGGGUGCAAGUGUUUGCCUAUGCAUUGCUUGAAGGCCAGGUGUGUCCCUGUUUAAAAUCUGUUCGAAAAUACAUGUCUGCUCCACCUGAAAGUAUUAUGAAGAGAGAAGCAUUUGGUCAAAAAAGGGUGGGAAAUCUUUUAGCCAAGUUAAAGAGCAGGCUGAUUGAUAGUUCUGCUAUGUUAAGAAUGGUGUGGAAGGAGAAUCCAAGGGAAUUAUUUUCAGAAAUUUUGGAUUGGUUUCAGAAGAGUUUUCACAGACAAUUUGAAGACUUGUGGUUACAAAUGCUUCAUGAACUGCUUAUGGAGACACAAGAACGCCCUCUGCAUAAAAGUUCUAAAAAGAAGAAAGGAAAAUCUAAAACACUACGAUAAUAGCUCAACAGUGAAGGAAAAGAAUGCUUCCCAAUUUUAGCUACAGCCAGUGGUGACAAGAAAAUGGUGCAUCUCCAUCACUCUAUUCAUCCUGAACUACCUCCGCACGCUAAUCACCAUAGCAUGUUCAAUCACAUGGCUGAACUAAUUUAUUUGCAUUAGAGAUGUUUCAGAAAUUCUCGGCUUUUCUUUCACCUUUUUGGUAUGCUUUGAUGGAAGCUGUAUAGCUUUGUGGGAAAUAGUGAGAAAAUUAGAUUAGUUGAAAUUGAUGCAAAUUAAAUUUGCGCUUCUUAUAGUCUUGUAUCUAGCUGAAUUUAUUGGCUAAAAGUUUUGUAGUGAGUAGACAAACGGUAGUUGAUUUUGGUUGCUAAUGAGCCAAAUUUGAAUACUUUGGUGAAGCAAGGAGUGUUAGCAAUUUUUGAAGAGGACUUGAGCAUA